GACCGCGCCGCCCGCGGGCUCCGGCGGCGGCGGUGGGACCCGCGAGAGGGCACCAUGCCGCGCUCCUUCCUGGUGAAGACGCACUCCGGCCACAGGGUCCCCAACUACGGGCAGCUGGAGACGCAGAGAGAAACCAGUGGCUCCUGUUCCGCCUGCAGGGGGCUAGUGGUGCCCCCCAUCCUCCCCGACAAGGCAGCCCCAUCCACGCCCAGCGACCCUCCCCAGCCCCGGGACCUCACCUCCAUCGUCACCCACGCCCUGCCUCCCCCCACGUUCCUGUGCCACGAGGAAGCUCAGGGGGCCUCAGGGCCAGACCCCCUGGAAGUCAGCCAGGCGGGCCCUCGGGCUGGCCGGGCCCCCUGCACACCCCUCAGAGACAGCCUGAACCCCCUCAACCUGCCCACGCGCUGGCCCCCCAUCCUGGGAGCAGACAGGGCCCAGGCUCUAGGCUGCCUGCGGGGCGCCGAGCAGGCCCACUGUGCCCUGGGGGGCUGCCAGUACCACAAGCCCUUCCACGCGGCCUCCCUGGCCAGGCGCCAGCAGCUGCAUCACCACCUGCAGGCCCAGCGCUGCUUCACCUGCAAGUUCUGCGACAAGGACUACGGCAGCCUGGGCGCCCUCAAGAUGCACAUCCGCACGCACACGCUGCCCUGCCUCUGCGCCAUCUGCGGCAAGGCCUUCUCCAGGCCCUGGCUGCUCCAGGGCCACAUCCGGACCCACACAGGUGAGAAGCCCUACACCUGCCCUCACUGCAGCCGGGCGUUCGCCGACCGCUCCAACCUGCGGGCCCAUCUGCACACGCACUCGGCCACCAAGAGAUACCAGUGCAAGGGCUGCUCCAAGACCUUCUCCCGCGUGGCGCUCCUGGCGCGGCAUGAGGAGUCCGGCUGCUGCCCUGGGCCCUGAGCCGCUGCCCUUCCCUGCCCACGGGAGGCCUCUCUAGGGGAAGACUCCUGUCCAGAUGAGAACGGAUAUUCUGUUUACCACCAGCCCCGGCCUUCGGCUCUGUUCCUCCUGGUUUCAGCCUGCUGGGGGCCGGCCCUGGACGCCCCCUCCUCCAGACCAGCGGUUGCCCUCGGGGCCAGCACCUCCCUGGGGUCCUCUCACGUGGGGAGAGCUCCCUGGAUGCUCACCUCCAUCUGCCUUUGACAGCAUCUGGGCCCGGCUGUGCCAUGUCACCCACGCAGAGGCCUGCACGAGACACACACAUGAGGCCGUCCUGAAGAUGGAAUGGCUGCGGGGGUGGUUCUGGGGCGCAAAGAGCCCCGCCCUCUGAGGCUGAUCCUUGCCCAGGCCCUGGGGUCGGGGUGGAGGCUGAGGCCCAACCCCUCCCGAGGGAGUGGGACUCCAGACAAUCGGACCCAGAGCAGGGGAAGCCGAGGGGUAAGGGCCUCGAGGGCUGUGCACUCCUGGCAUGGGGAGCCCCGGUGAGCGGGGUCUCCCCUCGGAAGGAAGGCGGGACGGGGUGGGUGGGGAGGGCACGAGACGGGAGCCGAGGCCACGUGUGUCCCUGGCAGGACUUCACCUCCCCAGAGUCUGUCCCACACCUGCAGCCUCCCCAGUGCCCAGCCCGCACACGGGCUCCCUCAGCCGCCGCCCCCCCGCCCCCGGGGCUGGAGCGUCCCCCAACCAGCGAGCGACAGACCUCUGACCUGGCCUGAGACACCCGCCCUCCCCAACCGACUCAGACGCCAAGACCCGAUUUCCUUCUCGUAGGGGGCCAUCCCUUGGCCCCCGCUGGGCUUGUCCUGCCUUUUACCAGCCUGUCUGCGGGUGGACCCUGGAGGGAGGCCUGGGUCUGAGGGAGACUGGCCGAGUCCUCGGUGCUGGGAGGGGAGCCCUGCUCCUCUCCACAGGGUCCACCUGGGUCCCCCCACGGAUCCCUCCUCAUCUGCCAGGGGCCAAGGGGCCCUGGGUGGCUGGUUUGAUGACAGCCAUCGGAGGGAGCCUGGGGACAUCCCAGAGGAAAGCUGACCUUGACAGUGGGCGUCUCUGGACCAAGGGUGACCUUGAUGAAACAGCACCGAGGAGAGUCCUGCUCCAGCCUAGGCCACACCGAAUGUGACGCUGGAAAGGAGACCCUCCCUGAGGAAGCCACACAUGCGCCCAGCCUCCCCGGAGGGAAGAAGAGCAGACACUGGAGCCUGAGCUGCCGUGUGGGUGUCCUCGGCCGGUGUGACAGGCCCACAGGCCAGAGGCCGUAAACUGCAGAAACCUGCUCUCCCAGGCCUGGAGCUGGGACCAGAGAGAGAGGGGCGGCCGCCGGUUCCUCCCGAGGCCGGGAGGGUCUGUCCCCGGCCUCGCCCAGGUCCUGCGUUCGCCGGCUCCUCGAUGUUCUGGGGCUCGUAGAAGCGUCACCCCACCUCUGCCUCCAUCUUCACCAGGCGUCUCCCCGUGGGCGUGUGUGUGUCCAGUUUCCCCUUUUUAUAAGGACACCCCUGGUCCUGGGGGAACACCCACCCCCGUGAUCUCACCUCGACCCGCACAAGGACCCGGGUUCCAAAUGAGGCCGCCUUCUCCGGUGUUGGGGGGGUUAGGACUUCGGUAUAUAAAUGGGGACACCACUCACCCUGUAAUGGCCAAGAGGUGCCAGGCGGGCCCCUGUGCUUUGGGCUGGGAACCCCAAGCCGCAAAGGAGGGAGCGGGUGGUGAUUUUAGGACAGAUUUGCUACUAACCUCCUCCAAAGGGAGUGAGAGCCCACCCCAGCCCCUCUUGAGUGGCCAGUGCCCCGCCCCCCACUGUCCUGCUCAGGGACCCCGGGGGUAAGGAAGGCUCUGGCCUGCGGGGAGAGCCUCCCACAGUCUCCUGAAGUGCCCGGGCCUCGGCUGAGCGGGUGGGCAGCCCAGGGCUAAGCUCCAAAUGUGUGUGUCCGACCAUCUCACUGGGUGGCUUUUUUUUUUUUUUCGUGGCAUCCAGAUGCCAGAAGGAAGCUCUAUUGUAAACUGCGUUCUAUUUCUGAGCCCCAACAUCUAAAAGAAGCGAUGCACCUGUCGGGGAUGGAGGAAGGGAAUUUCACAGGCCUAAAAUA